CUCUGCUCUUCCCUCCCCCGUCCCGGCUCCGCGAGGCCGCAGGUCGCCGCCCGCGAGAUGAUGCAGGACGUGUCCAGCUCGCCAGUCUCGCCGGCCGACGACAGCCUGAGCAACAGCGAGGAGGAGCCGGACCGGCAGCAGCCGGCGAGCGGCAAGCGCGGGGCUCGCAAGAGACGCAGCAGUCGGCGCAGCGCGGGCGGCAGCGCGGGGCCCGGCGGGGCCACGGGCGGGGGCAUCGGAGGCGGCGACGAGCCGGGCAGCCCGGCCCAGGGCAAGCGCGGCAAGAAAUCUGCGGGCGGAGGCGGCGGCGCGGGCGGAGGCGGCGGCGGCGGCGGCAGCAGCAGCGGGGGCGGGAGCCCGCAGUCGUACGAGGAGCUGCAGACACAGCGGGUCAUGGCCAACGUGCGGGAGCGCCAGCGCACGCAGUCGCUGAACGAGGCAUUUGCCGCCCUGCGCAAGAUCAUCCCCACGCUGCCCUCGGACAAGCUGAGCAAGAUUCAGACCCUCAAACUGGCGGCCAGGUACAUCGACUUCCUGUACCAGGUCCUGCAGAGCGACGAGCUGGACUCCAAGAUGGCAAGCUGCAGCUAUGUGGCCCACGAGCGGCUCAGCUACGCCUUCUCCGUCUGGAGGAUGGAGGCCUGGUCCAUGUCCGCGUCCCACUAG